UACAGACACAAGGUACAUCUUCGAACCUUCGUUUAGCCACAACGAGCGAGUAACUUGGAUUAUCAUCGUUGUUAUUAGUAUCAGCAUCUGCGCCAUGAACAUCAUACAGCUGGUUAGCAAAUGGACAUCCACUCCCUUCGUCAACGUUAUUGACUCUUUGCCAACACCGAUAUGGGCUGUUCCCUUUCCGAGUGUGGUUUUAUGUCCUCACUUGCAUAUCAAGUUGUCGUUUGCAAACGUCUCCAAGUUAAAUGAUAUGGAAAGUUUUUUCGCAUCUUUAGUAUGCCCUCAAAUGGAUGAAAGAAAAUUCGAAAGAGAGGAACGCCUCAGUGUCGUAGAAAACAAAAUGUUACAAGAUUUCAUAUUAAAGGGAUCGCCAACAUGUUCAGACUUAGUGAAAGUAUGUCAUUGGCGCUCUGGAUACGAUACGGCUUGGUUUAGAAAUGACUGUUGUGAGAAACUGUUGAAGCCUAUCUUCACUGAGUACGGACUCUGUUACACAUUCAACAGCCUACCAUUGAACGGAAUGACAAAUGAAACAAUAGCUUGGCAGAAAACCUUCAAUCGAAUCUCUUCUACCGAUCCUCUGGAAUGGGAUCUCGACAGCGGUUAUCCAAAGGUUUUUCCUCCAAAACCUGGUACAUUACCCCUCAGGGUUAUGGCGUCGGGAGAAGUCAAUGGAUUAAGUAUUGAACUAUAUUUAAACACAAGUGAACAUCAAUAUGAUUGUGAUGGAAAUAAUGUUGGAUUCAAUGUUUUGAUCAGCUCACCAACAGAUCACGUUUAUACUAGUACCAUAUUACGCCUACCCAUGGACAGGAUGACGACUAUAGAAGUUUCACCAAUAACAUACAAGACAGACACGUCCUUAAGAGCACUGUCUCCAGAUCAGAGGCAAUGUUUUUUCCAGAACGAAAGAAAACUUCAAUAUUAUGAAUUUUAUACGGAUACGAAUUGUAAAUUAGAUCUGAGAAUUCGAGAAACUAUGAAACACUGUAGAUGCGUACUGUAUAAUUGGCCAAGAAAAUACGUAUGGAAUCCGAUAUGUUCAACUAAAUUGGAUUUCCAAUGCGUUGCAGAAGUUAAAGUUAAAGUGGGGGAACAGCUAAUUUAUGCGUAUUAUGCAGACAGUGAAGAACAAAGGCAGCCACACGAGGGUGCAACUUCUUGCUACCCAGCCUGUAAUGAUAUUCUGUACUCCACGCAGGUCUACUAUUCCGACCUCAUUAGAGAUCAUAAUAGUGGUAAAGCAAACGUGGGCAAAUCAGAUAAAGGAGAAAAGACACACAUAAAUAUACACUUCUACGAUGACAUGUUCCUGGGUCAACAUCGUCACGCUCAGUACGAUGACUAUUAUUUCGCAGGGGCCAUUGGCGGUCUCCUCAGCCUGUUCUUGGGAUUCAGCAUCAUAUCGGUUGCUGAACUGGUUUACUUCGUCAUGUUAAAACCAAUACAUAUUGCUUUCAAAGAUAGUUAUUAUAAAAAAUGA